GUUUAUGCUAGGGUUGAUCUGCAUAAAAGGCAGGUAGCCACCACUAGUAAACACUACCAUCUACCAACUACCAGUAGCUUUCUGACUGACUUUCUUAUUCAAGGACAAGGAUGAAGUGCACUGUGGUGUUUCUGGUGUUGUCCAUGGUUGUCAUGAUGGCUGAACCUGGAGAGUGCAUUUUUGGACUGAUUUUUAAAGGAAUCGGUGCAGCUAUUAAAGGCAUCCAUCAUGCUAUCCAUGGGCACGGGAAACUUGCUGAUGAGCAAGCAGACCAGCAGCUUCAGCAGCAGGACCAGCAGCUUCAGCAGCAGGACCAGCAGCUGCAGGAGCAGGAGCAGCAGGAGCAGCAGGAGCAGGACCAGCAGGAACAGGAGCAGGAGCAGAGGGAGCAGGAGCAGGAGCAGCUAGAUAAACGUUCGCUUGAAUUCAAGCCUGCAAGACAUCGUUUUGACUAAACUUAGGAGGCCAGAAUGAGGAUGCUUUAAGUUCUUGCUUUUUAACAUAUAAAAGAAAAGAAGCAAAUGGUCUUGGCCUAUCAUUAUUAGAAUUGUGCUAACAUGCUUUGGCUUAUCACAAACCUUUGGUUAAUGGAUUUUGGUAAAAAUAAUAAAUGUUUAAUAAAUCUCUUUUUCAGCAACCAGAACCUGUAUCCCUUGUAUUAUUUUUAAAAAUAUAACAUUGGAGAAAGUGUUAUUGUUAUUUAAAAUUAAACAAAGUGAUUGCACUGCUGCACUUUCAAACACA